CGGCUUUCGCUGUUCAACUUCGUGGUGAAAGUAGAUCAAUUCAAGAACAAAACUCUGUUCGUGUAUAACGAAAUCAAUAAAUGCAGCAAUAGGUCUAAGUAAAGGAGAUUAUGUUAUGGACUUUUGUUAGCUACAUUACUAACUAAAUUCAAACAACACUUAUCAUUUUUGGAUUAGCCAUUCUCAGCUUUGAUUUCAUGGAGGAGAGAUAAAUUUCUUUUUAUUUUGCAGUCUCCAAAGAAAUAAAACACAAACAUAUAUAUUUAAGUUUGGAAACAACAUAACUGAAUAACCAACUCCAAAAUAUAGAGGGUAAUAAUAAAUUUUAAUGGGUGCAAACGGGAAACAAAAUUUUGCAAAAACCUGUAACGCAGUUUUUGAGAAAGCCAUGAAAGGGUUUUGUGGGAUUCGCACAAUUAACUGCUACACAUUUCAUAACAAAAAGAUUUAUGUUUCCAGGUUGUGAAACCACGCAAAAUUGCAUGUCUAACAACAAACUGAAAAAAUGGAGGCAGGGUUUCAUAUUAAAAUUGGAAAAAUCCAGCUUUCUUUUGGGAAAGGAUGCCACAGUCUUUGCUGUGGUAACCUCUGUUGCUUAGAAGCCUUAAGAAAUAAAAGUGCUGUCAUAUGUGGUGAUCUUUGUGAAAUUGUUUUUUUUUUCCUCUACUUUUGGUGACGUACUAUCAAAAUAGCGGAAGUCAUUCUAAUGUUUAUGUGAUCGUUUGGUACAGGUCAGCGGGAUAAAAUUGAGGUAGCUUUUGAAUGUUAACACAGUGCACAAUAUCAAGUUCUAAAAUUGCUUUUCUCAGACAAACACGAGAUUUGUUCGAUUGUGGUUUCAAAGAUAACCUCGUGCUCACGUCAAAGACAAUUAAGGGGGUUAACAUGACGUCAACUGAUGCAAACACACUGUCCAAUAAAAAGGAAAUUCACUGAUUUAUAAAGACAAAAUCGCUCGCCAUAAGUGUAAUCUAGCACCUACAAGCUGUAACAGCAGCGUUACACAAUUUAAAGGUGAGUGUAGUAUUGAGUGUAUAAAAACUGAAAUUAGUUAUCCCUCGUAUGGUAAAUUAUUGUCAGAUGAAAUACAUAAGACUGGCUGGUUACGCUUCAAGCGGAAUAUUUUAAAAAGCACAAGACCUGUACCCCAUGUUCUGGACUGGGGAACCUCAUGACGACAAACAAGAAUGUUAAGCAAAAGUACGAGAACAGAACUUUUUCUUUUUCUUCAGCUCGCGUCGUUGUGUCGACUGCGUGAACUGGACAACAAGCACAUGCAGUGCAAGAAUUGUGACAGCGCUUUUUCAGUAGAAAUAUUAUGAGCGAGUUUCAAGAAAAGAUAUUGGUGUUACAUCUUGCCUAGAAAGUAUUUAUCUCUUUAUUUAUUCCAGCUUGUUAGAUUUCAGUCAUACAUGUAACGCGUUAUUUACCCCUUGGAUUUUCUUUCUGAACUUUCCAUGGGUCUGUGAAGAUAUAUGUAAAUUAUGUUUCUUAAGGGCAGAUUUAAACCACGGUCAGUGCCCUGCUAAAUGUAAAAAAGAAGGCUAGAAACAUAAAACGUUAAUGACGAAAAAUCGACAAAUGUAAGAGCAGUUUAGCAUAACCGUCACUACAAAUGCCUUUAACUUCCGCUAAUAAGGGCGCUUCAGUUUACAAAUUAAUCUGGCGAACGAACCGCAUCUUGGCCGUAACUAUUGAUUUCAUUUGUGCUGAAUACUGGCAAAUUAUCAGUGUUGCAAGUCACUGUCAGUUUCUAUGGCCAUUUUUUUCUUGUGCGCUACGAAAUCCUUUAUAUCGUGAGUUAAACGCUCGAACAGUUUUCCAAAGGCAGAGAGUUAUUUGACCCAUGAGCCCUCAGCUGGUUCCGGAACGAAACUCUUCGUGUGAAUAGUCACGAUUUCCAAGUUGUUCAAAAUUUAUAGUGGCACAACAUUUAUCAGCCUCAAAGAUGCCAAGACAUACGCAUAAUGCCGCUACUCCAUGGCAGUUUGUAUACCGAGCGAAGGGUCUUUUACAAGAGAGUGGCACUGAUCCCUGUCGUGACUGUACUCCGGAGUUUCCCAAAUGUCAAGAGAUAGUAAUUUGUCCCAAACACUUGGUAUAGAUCUGAUCCAGGCAGCCAAGAACGAGCUCGAGUUCCUUAAACUGGUGGACGAUAAUCCGAACCUGUGCAAAGGAUCUCUUGUUAAAAACGCCAUCAGACGAUAUGAGCUCUUUUGGUUGCCAUUUGCUUCAAGAUUUGGCUCAUCGCCAGCCCUCCAAGCAGCUCCAUUGGACAUCGCAUGGGUCUGGCAUGUCCACAUGUUGGCUCCAUUUUACUACGAGCAGGACUGCCUCAAUAUUGUAUCCACAGUGUUAGACCAUGCACCUUUAAACACCACCCAAAGGAACCUAGCCCUUCAGUUGACCAGAGAUCGCUGGUAUGGGGCACUUCCAGGGGAGCCGUUUGAAGUAGAUCUUACAAAACCCCCGACAUUGUUAACGGAAUAUCGAUCCAGGAUUCAGUACAAUCUGGAAGAAGCUUGCUAUCGUCAGUUCAAGUUUUAUUACCAAGUUUCAUUGCCACACUACAGUGACGACUUGUUUCUCAAAAGUGCUGCAGAACGGUAUGAGCAUCAUGUGCAGCUAAAGAGGCUACACCCAGACGUGUCCAUGGUUCCUUGCUACGAUGUCCAACUUAUCUGGCACGCCCAUCAACUUCACCCAUUAAAUUACAAGCAGACAACAACAGAAUUGUUUGGAACGCCGUUACAUCAAGAUGUUACAGGUCGAACCCCAGGAUCCAAUUUGUACCGCAUUGAAUUGAAGACGAGGUCUUUGUGGGAGGCGGCAGGAGAGCGUUUAGAGAAAGCAGGGGCCAUGUACAGAGGUGAUCCACCUGAUCCUAGUCCGCCGGCACCAAAGUCGCUGUAUACACUGCUUGCUUGUCAGGAGUAUUCAUUUGAGAUCCAAAAAGUUGAAUUCGAAGCAGUGGGAUUAAAAAGGCUGUUAAACUUCGUAAUUCAGAUGGAAAACUUGGAGGGAAGAAUCCUUUAUAGCCAAACCUUCAAAGGAGUUAAUCAAGAACAUUUCGGAGCACCGAAAAAAUUUACAAUCGAGAAUGGCGCAGAACCAGCCAUUAUUGUUUCUGUUUACAAGUGGGAGAUAUUCCGCACGAGGUUAAUUGAAAAGUGCCAAGUAGAUCUUCUCCCCUAUGUUCAGGAGGUUGUUGACGCUGAAGCCGCUACUGUAUCUAGCCAGCCAAUUACGAUUGACGUUCCUUUCUGCAGUGCACAGUAUACAGUAAAGUUAACCCUCAAGAUAGAUCCUCCGAGCAUCAUCAAACACUGCUUCAAAGUUCAACCAAUGAAGAAGUUUGUGCCCUGUAACCAUCCAUCGAUGGUGCUUAGUUUCCCAGAACUGAUGCUUUCCCCAAGUGAUCUAGCGAAGGUGUCUGUGCCUUGUGACUCUUCUACCCACCCUGUCCUCUGGAGAGGAUAUCGAGUGUUCAGGUACCGUGUUGUUCAUUCAUCAGAGGCGCUGCUGUCUGCGUUGGAGAUAAUUAACCUUUAUGAUCAGGUUGUGGCAACAUCCCACACAAUCAGCCCAGGUACAUUCCCAGAACGAAGUGCCGUUGAAGACCAGCAGAAGAAUAUAGUCCAGAACGAGAAUGAGGGUGAGAGAGCCAUGCUGAUUCGAGGUAAUAAAGAUUGGGGCGUUUGUAUCGGUAAGCUGACGAAAACAUCAGACAGAGGAAUACCAGGAUGGCAGCAUUAUGUCGCAAUAAAGGUCUACAAGUUGUUUGGUGAUCGUGGCUGGUGCUCAGUUCGCAAAUUAGGCCAUGGCGUGUUUGCGAUGCAAUUGGACCCUGACACCACUGUGCAAGUAGAUCUCAAGUUGAAUACGGUGAUAAUCUCCCCUCGUGCACAAAAUAUUCCUCAGAUUCUCGCUCUGGCGUUCUCGGUGUCAGUCUUGCACCUUCUGUGUAUCCCCUACGUCUCACACCCAUCGCGGAAAUCGUCGCCUUCUUCGCAAACAUCUCCUUCGGGCUUCAUAUCUCCUUCCAUUUACAGUGCCGGGUAUUUGAGUUCAAAGGUACCCACCAACGUCUGCCUCUCAGUGAGGCAGGACAUGUUGGAAACUUCCGAAGAAAGAGUUUGUCACUACGACUUCAACGAGGACUUACCGUGUGGCUGUAACGAUGGUUUGCCUAAUGUUGUAGGUGAGAAUGUGUCUGAUGAAGAGAGUCUGGAGGCCGCGGGAUGUGGCUCAGCAUGGCGAUAAUGCUGCUGGUGGUGGUGGAGGAGGAUGGAUGGGGGUUAACAGUGGUGGAGGUGGCGUAGGAAAAUGAGACGAUGGUGGGGCAUGUGUAGGAAGUGGUGGUGGCUGUGUUGAUGGACGUGGCUAUGGUGGAAGAAGAAGUUGUUUGGUGAAGAGUCACAAGGUGUUGGGGUAGUGAUGGUGAUGGCUGUCGUGCGUGGUUAAAUGGCGUCUAGAAGCGGGGAAAUCAUGUUCAUGGUUGAUGUAAGUAGGGGAUGUGCAAUAACGGGCCACUGUUUUUCACCAAAUGAUAUUUCAAUUAUGUGCUGGGUUAUCAGCUUUUAACUGAACAUUCUCUGUAUGGUCAGCUGAAAAGAAUUUGUGAACUGGAGUGCUGCUGUUAUACAUCUAUAUCUGUAUGAAGAACCAACUUCCAAAUAUAGAAUACUACAUAAUGAUCCCGAUAAACUCUGGGCAAGGAUUCAUCGGUUCCCUUGAUGCGCCAUAAUCCGAGUGGUAUUUCUGAUCUGGAGCAUCCAUCCAAAGGAUUCCACCCAAACUAAUAUAGAUACUGAAAAGCAUUUUCUGAAGAUAAAGGACACCGCUUAUGCAGAUCUAGAAUGCAAAUAUAUAUAUCGCUGGGCAGAGGCGUUUAUCUCGUUACCAUCGAGGUAUAUACAAGUUUAUGAUAUGUGUAGACAGAGACAGAAAGUUGUAAAUGAUUAUUCAUAACAUGAUCACUCGCUGUUGUCCACUGACAGCAUUGUAUUGAAAUUUCAGCUUGAAGUUUUUAUUAGUCUAUGGACUUCAUUUUAUUGACGUGAUACUGAAUUUAUUUUUAAUUUGAUUAUGGUCAGUUGUAUAUUUAAAUACCAUAGGGUAAAUUUAUAAAUUAUUUUGUUUAUUAUUUCACAUUUUAUUAGUUAAUUGUAGGUCCACAUCAGCCUCACUGGCUGCCAAUCUUUAUAACCUGCAUUACUAAAUAAAAUGAUGAGGUUGUUG